AUGUCCCGUCGCAAGCAGGGAAACCCGCAGCACUUGUCACAAAGAGAGAUUAUCACACCAGAGGCUGACCAUGUGGAACCGGCACUCGCCGACGAGGAUGAGAGCCUGGCAAUAGCAGAGCCGGGCGGCAUCAGCAUCGCCGCAGGCGGGACAGACCCCGACUUGUUAACCUGUGGACAGUGUCAGAUGAACUUCCCGCUGGGAGACAUCUUGGUUUUUAUAGAGCACAAGAGAAAACAGUGCAAUGGCACUGGUGGUGCCUGCUAUGAAAAGAGCAUGGAUAAGAGCAGCCCUCCCCCCUCCUCACGCGCCGAGCUCAGGAAAGUGUCAGAGCCAGUGGAAAUCGGGAUCCAAGUCACACCCGAUGAAGAAGAUCGUCUUCUCACGCCUACAAAAGGAAUUUGCCCCAAGCAGGAGAACAUUGCAGGGCCGUCCAGGCCUGCAAACCUGCCGGGGGCUCCCAUAGCUGCCUCCUCCCACCCUCACACAUCCGUGAUCACGUCACCUCUCCGCGCACUGGCCUCCCUCCCGCCCUGCCUUAGCCUGCCCUGCUGUGGUGCACGUGCAGUCUCAGUUGGCGGGACUCAGACUGAGAUUCAGACUGAGACGUCAGGCACAUUUGGAUGUCAUUGUCAGUUGUCAGGUAAAGAUGAGCCUUCAAGCUAUAUUUGCACAACAUGCAAGCAGCCUUUUAAUAGCGCUUGGUUCUUGCUUCAGCAUGCCCAGAACACACAUGGAUUCCGCAUCUACCUGGAAACAAGCCCUUCAAACAGUUCCCUUACUCCACGCAUCACCAUCCCUCCUCCUCUGGGACCGGAGACUGUUGCACAGUCCCCACUGAUGAAUUUCCUUGGAGACAACAACCCUUUCAAUCUUUUGCGGAUGACAGGACCCAUCUUGCGCGAACACCCUGGCUUUGGUGAGGGUCGGCUUCCAAACACGCCUCCGCUGUUCAGCCCACCGCCUCGUCAUCAUCUGGAUCCACAUCGCCUUAGUGCCGAAGAAAUGGGGUUAGUUGCCCAGCAUCCCAGUGCCUUUGACAGAGUUAUGCGUUUAAACCCCAUGGCAAUUGAGUCUCCAGCGAUGGAUUUCUCCAGAAGGCUUCGAGAGCUGGCAGGAAACAGUUCCACCCCUCCGCCAGUCUCGCCCAGUCGCACCAACCCUAUGCAUCGCCUGUUGAAUCCUUUCCAGCCGAGCCCUAAGUCACCUUUUUUGAGCACCCCGCCACUGCCCCCCAUGCCCCCCAGCAGCACUACACCUCCCCAGCCUCAGGCCAAGAGCAAGUCCUGUGAAUUUUGUGGGAAAACAUUCAAGUUCCAGAGUAACCUUAUCGUGCACCGGCGCAGUCACACAGGAGAAAAGCCCUACAAGUGUCAGCUCUGUGACCACGCUUGCUCCCAGGCCAGCAAGCUAAAACGCCACAUGAAAACGCAUAUGCAUAAAGCUGGCUCCAUGACGGGCAGGUCAGAUGAUGGACUGUCCACCACUAGUUCCCCCGAGCCAGGCACAAGCGAGCUCACUGGAGAGGGACUGAAAUCCAGUGAGGCAGAUUUCAGGAAUGAGAGUGAUCCUUCCCUGGGCCAUGACAAUGAAGAAGAGGAGGAGGAGGAGGAGGAGGAAGAGGAGCUCGAAAACGAGAGCCGGCCAGAGUCGAGCUUCAGUAUGGACUCGGAGCUGAGUCGUAAUCGAGAAAACGGCUCCAAGUCACUGCCGGAUGAGAAAUCUCUUGUCCUGGGAAAAGUCAUCGAGAAUGUAAGUCUAGGCGCCAUCCAGCAAUAUAAUGACAUGCUAGCUGAAAAACAGAAGAGGAGUAGCUUCAUGAAAAGGUCUUCUGACCAGCGAGACUUGUGUCCUCGAGACCUCUGUCAGAGAGAUCCAGGCGAUGAAGACUCAGUGGUCGGAGAGCUGGACCGCAGUGAGGAAGGGACGGUCAAUGGAAGAAACUUUGGCCCAGGUGAACCCUUCCCAAACUUGUUCCCCCGCAAGCCGACGCCUAUCACGAGCCCCAGUUUAAACAAUUCUUCUAAAAGAAUAAAGGUAGAGAAAGAUUUGGACUUGCCACCAGCAACGAUAAUACCUUCCGAAAAUGUUUACUCCCAGUGGCUGGUAGGGUACGCAGCAUCGCGGCACUUCAUGAAGGAUCCGUUCCUCGGAUUCACAGACUCCCGACAAUCCCCCUUCGCAACCUCUUCCGAGCACUCAUCGGAGAACGGGAGCCUGCGUUUCUCCACCCCGCCGGGGGACAUGCUGGACGGGGGGCUCUCAGGGCGCAGCGGCACGGCGAGCGGAGGCAGCACCCCCCACAUCAGCGGUCCCGGCCCUGGGCGACCCAGUUCGAAGGAAGGGCGCAGGAGCGAUACAUGUGAGUACUGUGGCAAGGUCUUUAAGAACUGCAGCAAUUUGACGGUGCACCGUCGGAGCCACACUGGAGAGCGGCCUUACAAAUGCGAGCUCUGCAACUAUGCAUGUGCCCAGAGCAGUAAGCUGACGCGCCAUAUGAAAACGCAUGGCCAGAUAGGGAAGGAGGUCUACCGCUGCGACAUUUGCCAGAUGCCCUUCAGUGUUUACAGCACCCUGGAGAAACACAUGAAAAAGUGGCAUGGAGAACAUUUGCUGACAAAUGACGUCAAAAUUGAGCAGGCAGAAAGAAGCUAA